CACUGGACAUAGCGUCCCUCCUUUAACUCCAUCCAUGACGAGGCCGAUCAGCUGUCUGUCGGCCACCGGAGUUUAAAUUUCUGAGCUGUAAAUCAGUACAUCGGAACAUAUGAUGUCUUCCAACAACAUGGCCGACCCGAGGAGACAAAACAAGAUUUUAAGGUACAAGCCGCCCAGCACAGAGACCAACCCCACACUGGAGGACCCCACGCCCGACUACAUGAACCUGCUCGGCAUGAUCUUCAGCAUGUGUGGACUGAUGCUCAAGCUGAAGUGGUGUGCCUGGAUCGCGGUCUACUGUUCUUUUAUCAGCUUUGCAAACUCCAGAAGCUCGGAGGACACUAAACAGAUGAUGAGCAGCUUCAUGCUCUCCAUCUCAGCCGUUGUGAUGUCAUACCUCCAGAACCCACAGCCGAUGUCGCCGCCAUGGUAACCACCCGCCAAUCACAGAAGAGCGCGGAAGUAGAUUGCGGUUGCUGGAGUCGUUGACCAAACAGCUGAUUGGACCUCCUGGCUGUUUUGUGGGAAUAACGAACAGACAGGAAGAAAGAUAAUGUGAUAGAAAGAGACGAAGAGAGAAAACAGACGACCGGGACGGACAGCGAGGAGGAAGCUCUGUCAAGAUGAAGAGAUCACAUGUUUCUUUCUGACGGCGUUCUCACAUUGUUCUCUCUUUUAACCUUUUAUAAGUUUGUUUGUUGAUGAAAACUGAAAUUUUACUGUUCGACCGAUCUGAUCUGUUGCAGGAUUUCAUAAAAUAAAGUUGUACGGUUUUAAAAAGGAA